AACUGAUUGACCUGCAUGCUGCACCAGGAUUGGUGCCGGCACGAUAAUGGCAGCAGAAAAUUCAACCGCAGUCUCCCCGGCGUCGACAAAGGGACCCGCGGCCGCAACCUCAACCUCCAUCACAUCUCCUCAAGCAAAGAUUGAAGCCUCAUCCGACACCCAGAACCUCUCGACCAUUCCUGCAAGCGCGGCUCCUGGAGGCUCAGAAGUGCAAGUGCCACAGGUGGACGGGACAGGAGACAAGGCAGUGGAACAUCCGACAGCAGAGCCUCCCCUGUCGCCGGCAGUGUCGAAAACAUCCUCUCAGGGUGCUUCGUCCCAUGCGCAAACUUCUGGCCCCGUUGCACUGGAUUCUGCUGCCCGAACCACUCCUAUCCACCCCUCCAUCCCCACUAUCAAGGUACCCCUAGGUGCUACCGAUACGACCGCUCCAAACACCAAUCCUCUGACCUUGGCGCCCUUCACCGAGGCAGAGCUGCAGAAAUAUGGCUAUGAGAAACUCCGCUCGUCGCUGAUCAAUUCAGGCCCCCCUGGACAAGCGCAUGGGCAGCAAAAUGGUGGGAUCAACCUGGACAAAAUUCGCGAGAUGAAGGAAGAGACAGCCCUUUUGCUGAAGCAGAAACUGGAGGAAAGAGAAACUAAAAUCCGCGAGAUUGAGAAAGAAAUGGACGAAAAGGAGAAGAUUCGUGAGGUGGAGCGGAAGGUGUUUAGGAAGAAGAUGGGAAAAGAUGCGACGGAGGCAAAGUGAUGAUAUUGAACUGCUUCUAAUUGAUGACAAGCAUCUUAUCGAUUGCUAUGGCCUACAGGCUAAUGGCAGCGCUCGCUCACGAAUGAGAACGGCCAAUGUCCUAACCACAAGACCACGGAUGAUAUCUUCCGCAACGCCCUUGGUCUCUGUCCUUCACCGACAACCGCGUCUGCACACCCUUGGGAAACUGGAGCCCGCCACAAUGGAGGCUCUCUGCCUAGCAUGUAUCAGCAUCAAUAACCAGUGUCAACUCGAACUUUCCAACAAACCCACCGAUAAUGUGGCGAAAUCUUGUUUCCUCGAUUACGACUGUCUCUCGCUAGGCCAUCACAGUGGUACUGGUCCCUUCGCGAGGGCUGAAUGCCGAAAUCACCCCUUUCAGCCACAGAGGGUCAACUGCAGACUGACACCACUGGGACAGUCCUUCUGCUGUCCCCAGUCAUUCCACGUGUUGUAUGCGCUCUUGCAAUAUGAUUCACCGGCAGAACACUUCACAGCGACACAAUUGCCCUCAAACACCUCGUUUCCGUCGAGAACAGGUACCAAGGACAAUCCGUAUUCUGCAAAAGAGUGUUGGAUGCCAACCAUUCCCACAUAGUCUCCCAGACCAUCAGCAUCACCAGUGGUGUCCGCAAGCUCAUUUCCAACAUCCUCAGUCGACUCAUCCAACCAACCGGCCUCUCCAGCAUCGACCAUGCUAAGAUCCCACCAGGUCGAUGUGUCGGUCGCUGUGUACUCUAGCUGGAUCGGGGCAGUGUUGUCUACAUCUGUACGCCAGAUCUUCCAGCUAACGCCAAGGUUACGGUCGUGUUCGAAUGAAUGCGACCAAGUUUGACCAGGUUGAAGGAUACCCAAAACUUCUUCGGGUUUGGCUUCAUUUCCGCCACGGGCGCCAUGCACAAUGUUACUGUUGACGGGAAAGGUGCAUUUGUUGUACACUAAUGCAGAGGCACCCUUGCUGGACGCCGAUUUGGUAUGUUGGGCUACACCGAUUGAGGCAGAUUGUGUUGCUAUGUUGUGUAUGGUUGGUGUAGGACCGAGGCCAGCCUUUUUUCCAGACGCAGUUCCCUGGAUAUUUGUGUAAGGUGAAGGCAUAGGCGAUCUCUUGGACACUGGAGUUGUGUACAAACCCCCGCGCAUGGCCGUGAAGGUGUGCGGGUCGAAGACAAGGGCACCCCCGCCAUGGAUGUCGCCUUGGAUUGCUGGAACCGAGUCGCCAUCUGUCGAAAACGGGACAGCAUGAACCAUGCGAUUUUGCCAGAGAACAGCAUUAAUCGCCACAAGCCCAAAGGCACAGUGAAUUUUGACCAUUGUGCUAGCCUUUACGGUCAAUUAUUCUCUUUUGUCGGACGAGAAGCAAGUCGAUUCAGGAGGGAGCUGGCUGAAUAUUUGAGCUGCUUUUGUGUGCUUGCAAGGCUUCUAGAUUUUGACUUGAGUCGAUGAGAACCGCAGACCAUAGACUGCCAAUGGGUAGUCAUCACGGCAUCUUAUACGAUUGCGAAGAGGCACUUGUAGAGUCGGGGCAUCCUCUGUUUCCCUAACAGGACCCGGGCUUAAUUCAUGGUUUCGGACUCGGAUCGAUCGCCCUGUCGCCUUCAUUGGGAGAAUGAGCAUCAAAGUCCGGAACUACGAGUAGCUGCGAGAAUAUCAACAUUCUGGUCAGUCAAUUUCUCGUCAUAUGGAGUCUAUCAUCUCAAAGAAAAGACGAAGUCGGACGGAGUAUGCGACUCAGGACGCGGACCAGAGCAUCCUGAAGGCUGAAAUAGUCGCCCGUAGUCCAUGAGAGCUGCGUCUGAAGAUUCAGGCCAAGUUAUGGUUAGCUGAAAAAGCCUCCCCUUCGGCCGAACAAUCGUUAGGCAAGGCCUGUGUCGCUGCGUACAAUGUGGAGAGCUUGUCAUGGAGGCCAAAAACCCACCCUUUCGAUGGUCAAGGUCAAAUCCCCGGUUGUGUGAAGUCAAAAUCGAGAAAAUGAGUGGAGCCACCCACAUGGUGGGCU